AUGGGUAACGACGGCGGCAGUAUUCCAACCCGCCGCGAACUUGUCCGCGAAGCCGCCCGCACGCCGACCACAGCGCAACUGAAAGAAACGCAGCGCGAACUUCAAACACAUUUCUGGACGACCUGCCCGCUCUCGCAUAAGCCUCUUCAGCGCCCAAUUGUCUCCGACUGCGCAGGGAAUUUAUACAACAAAGAUGCGAUUCUGAAAAUUCUACUAUCUGGCGAAGAGAUCGAGGGAAUCAGCUCCAAGGCUGAUUGCGAAGAGAUCCUUGCGGGACGAGUCAAGGGGCUUCGAGAUGUGGUGGAGCUGAAGUUUGAGGUCGACACUGAGCGCGAGGGCAACGCCACUGCAAAUGGGAACGGCGAGGGGAAGAGUGAGGGCUGGAUCUGUCCGGUUACGGCGAAGCAGCUGGGGCCGAGCGUCAAGGCGGUUUAUAUCGUGCCCUGUGGGCAUGUAUUUACCGAGGAGGCGGUCCGGCAGUUGAAGCAGGAUAAGUGCUUACAGUGCAAUGAGCCCUACACAGAAGAAAACGUCAUUCCCAUCCUUCCUACGAAAGAAGACGACAAGCAGCGUCUCAUCGAUCGAUCCAAGCGCCUAGCAGAUCAAGGUCUCACUCACUCUUUAAAGAAAGCUCCGGGCUCAAAAAAGCGCAAGAACAAGGGCAACGGCGAUGCGACUACAAUUCCAAGCACAGCAGCCGAAAGCAACGCUGCCAGCAGAGAAUCAUCAGCAAAGACAACAAUUUCGAAGAAUCCAUCAUCAGCACCAGCAAGUAGAAGCAACACGUCCACGCCGACGCCGUCUGCACCGAACGGAAUCAAGAAUGCAGCGACAGCGAUGCUGACUGCGCGGGUUCUGGAGGAGGAGAAUGAGAAGAAGAAGCGGCGCAAGCUGAUGGGUGCAAGUGAUAACAUCAACAGUCUCUUCACAAAGGACUCAAAAGAUACACAACAUAAGAAUACUGAUUUCAUGACGAGGGGAUUUUCUUUGCCUGCUGCGAGAAAAUAA